GUAUAUAUAAAGCGUUUAAAAAAAAAGAAUGAGUCAGAAUGCUCAGAAGAUGUUCAUCAGUAUGAAGUCUUCAAUAUUGAAUACACUUUUCAUCUUAACAAUAUCAUAUUUAAUAGUUCAAGUACAAAAUAAGGAAUGUACGUGCGGUAGCUUGGGACAAGGUUCAAAUCCUUGCACUUCUAAUGAGGUUGUUGUAAAAGCUACAAAAUUACCAAAGCCUACAUAUUAUGUAUCACCACAAGAAAUCAAGAAUGCUGCAAAUGCAAAAAGUAGUCAAAUUGAUUGUUCUAAUUCACAAAGUAAUAGCAACUCUAUUCCUCAAAGUAGCAGUGAUUCAAAGAGCAAUAGUUGUGGAUGUAGUGAAAAUACAUAUGAUAACAAUAAUUUAAAAACACAAAGUGAAAGCUAUUCUGGUUCAACUAAUUCUAAUGAAUCUAAACAAAAUCUAGAAACUUUGGAAGAUUCUAAUACUUCCAAUGGCAAUGUUGCACCUAGAUUUUCACCAAUUGGAGAUUUAUGUUAUCCUCUUCCAAUAGAACCUAAUAGUGGAAAAUUAAUAGAAAAAACUAAGGUUACACCAGCUUAUCCUGGCAAACUUGUAUGUUGUCCUCCAUCAAUUCCUUAUGAAGCAUGUAUAAACACAGCUAUUGGAAAAACUGAAAUUACAUCUAGUUCUGAUCUCAAAUCAUUUAUUACUUCUAAUUCGUAUGGAAAUAAAUUUGAAACAAAUUCUGCAAUAUAUAAUAAUUUACCUAUUUUUAAGUUAAAUAAUGGAAAUGGACAAAAACAAUAUUCAAAAAUGAGCAGCACUUCUUCAGAUUGUUUUGAUUAUAUUACAGAUGAAAUUCAAGAUCAUAAUUCAUAUCCAGCAAUGCCAGCAGAUGCAGUUUCUCUUACUCUUGCAUACAAAAAUCUUCGUGCGCCAAAUGUAAUUUAUAGACAAGGAAAACAAUUUGUUCCAGAAGAUAAAUUAUCUUUUGGUCAUAGAACACUACCAACUGAUAUAAAAAAUGAAAAUCAAAUUCCUGAUAUUGCAGAAGAAAAAUUAGUAACAGUUAACAAACCUGUUAUGGAAUUAAAAUUAGCACCUCCAAAAACUGUUGUUAUUGGUUCUUAUGAUGAACAAGAAGAAGCUAAACUAGCAGAACUUGAAGCAAUUGAACGUGAAAGUAUAACACAAGAAGAAACUUCUAAUCAAGAAAGUCUUAUUACUUACAAAGAUUUAGGCUAUGCACCAGUAAAUGCAAAUUAUCCAAAAUCUACAAGUUAUAAUCAAGGCAUGAGUAAUACGAAUAUUGAUAAUAGUGAAGAAGAACCAUGUGGAUCUUUGGGGCCAUCCAGACCAGAUUAUAUUCCAGGCAGAAUAAUAGUGCAAGAAAAACUUUUUAAUGAAAAUAUGGAACUUCAGACUUCAGGAUCUAAAUCAUGUCCAACAUAAUAUAUCAAAUAAUAUAAGAUUUCAUUUUUUUAAUUCAAAUUAUAUUAAAAUUGUAUAUUUUGUUAAUAAAUGAAAACUGUAUUUCUACUAAUAUAUACAUAACUGAAAGAAUUGAUUAAAUUAUAUAAAUAUGUAUCUUGUAAUAAACAAAUUUUUGUAAUAUUAA